GCUUCUCGCGCAUUUUCAUUAGCCAAGGCAUGCAGCACAACUCCUAUGUCUCACUCAGUAAACUUUAAUUCUUGUACUUAUCUCUUUCAAGGUGUACAUAUGUCAUUUCUGAUAAACAGGUUCUUUCACUCAUCUUUAGAGGCCAAAACAAGACAAAACAGAGCAACAUUACAUGGCUGAGUCAAACCCUGGAAGCAAAGUCAUCCAUGAUCCAGCCAGAUGUAGUAGGUUAACUAUUCAUUCAAAGAUGAUAACAAUUUAGCCAAUUCAUGAGGAACUCUUGAUUACCCAAAAAAUGUAGCCAAAUCAGGGGACCAUGUCAAGCAAAAUUAAGGGGUUUCAUCCGUGAUUGCUCAAGUCAUUUGCCUCUCCAUGAAGUGGUGAACCUAGGGGUGUAAGAAAUGAGACCCGGCGAAUUGAAUCAAGUCAUUAUUGGAUUUUCGGUUUCUUAUCGGGUUGCUAUAGGUCUGGUUCCUCGGUUUUAAUCAGGUUUGGUCCAAUAUUUAGUUUCGGUCUGUGCAUUUGGUUAGUCCAGUUUGGUUUCUUCUGAUUCUACAAAAUCUCAAUAUGAAAUCAAACCGAUAAAUUUGAUUCAGUCUGAAUUGAACCGGUUGUUUUCAGCCGGCCGACCUGUUGGCUGAACUUUUGACACCCAUGGCACCGAUCCAGAUUCCAGUGUGGUGUGUCCUGUUUCUUUCGCCGGCUCUACUGAUCCAGUGGAGCCUCAAAUGCAGCAUCGAUUUGACUAAGAAAACCCAAAAAAAAUUAAACAGAAAAGUUAAAUUUUUGUUGCUUUCGUUUUUUUAAAUCUUAAGGGCGACAAGAAGACUAUGAUUUGAAAGUCAAAUAGUGAAUGUGGCAUUCUCAUGUUUCUUUUCUCCUCUCAGAAGUAUAUAAUAGGAGGUUCCAGUCUCUGAAAUCUUCCGAUUCAGGUGGAACUUGGAUCGUCUUUUGAGGGCAGGUUUCGUAUUCACUCAAUCACUCUUUUCUCUAUUUGUUUUGUUAUGUUUUACUUUUUUAAGGUAGUGAAAGAUUUCUCUGUUUCUCAUGGGUUUUAAUUGAAUGGAAGCUUUUGAAAUCCUGCAAAUAGAAGGCAAUACACGGAGAAAAUUUAAAAGAGUCUGUGUCUUCUGCGGGAGCAGCUCUGGCAAUAGAAAACUCUUCAGCGAUGCUGCUCUUGAGUUGGGAAAUGAACUGGUGAAGAGGAGGAUAGAUUUGGUGUAUGGAGGAGGCAGUGUUGGGUUGAUGGGUUUGAUUUCCAGAGUUUAUGAUGGAGGUUGCCAUGUUCUUGGGGUCAUUCCAGUUGCACUCAUGCCUCUUGAGAUAUCUGGAGAAACAGUGGGAGAAGUGAGAACUGUUUCAGACAUGCAUGAGCGUAAAGCCGAGAUGGCCCGACAAGCUGAUGCCUUUAUUGCUAUUCCUGGAGGAUAUGGAACCACGGAAGAAUUGCUUGAGAUGAUAACAUGGUCACAGCUUGGAAUUCACAAUAAACCAAUUGGCUUAUUAAAUGUUGAUGGCUACUACAAUUCUUUGCUUGCAUUAUUUGACAAUGGUGUUCAGGAAGGUUUCAUUAACCCAGCUGCUCGGCAAAUAAUUGUAUCAGCUCCUACUGCAAAAGAACUACUUGUAAUAAUGGAGCAAUAUAUCCCAACCCACGAACAUGUUGCGCCGCAUAAUAGUUGGCAGUUGGAGCAAUAGGGUGGGUACACAGGGCCACUAAAUCCACCUUGACAUCCUUCUUUGUCGGUGUUAUUUUCUAUUUACCGUUUUGAUGUUAAUUAUUUUUUUGUUCAAUUUGUGUAUAAAAUUUUUAUUUAAAUGGGAUUGC